AUGGCAGAGUACAGAUGGCUUCCAGGUCCAGUCGGCGAGAUGCUUCGCUCCUCAUCCCUUGCCACCACGGCCACGAUACCUCUACAGGGUCACCUAGUUGUCACGACCGGACAUGUCGGCGUCAACCUCUCAACAGGAGAACUCGUCAAAUCCAGCAUUCGAGACGAGUUUAAUGCCGUAUGCGAUUGUCUCGAUGCAGCUCUUCGCGACGCUGGAGUCGAACUCGGGCUUGGGGGGGCGCAUAAAAUUGUUGCGUAUUUUAUUCGUUCGGAAGAUGAGGCCAAACUAUUUAAGGUCUUCCGGGAGAAGUACCCGGGUCAUUCGCCAACGUGGACGUCGGUAGUGGUUGCGGCUUUGGUUGUCCCGGGCAUGCACGUCGAGCUUCAAGCGGAAGCUGUCCGCCACGGCUGA